AUGAACUCCUUUACGAAUAUGAGAAUAGUGAUGUCUAAUAUUUUCAAACCAAAUAUAAAUAAGACAUUACAUAAAGGAAUAACAUCUUCGAUCAUAGUUAACAAUAAAACAUUUCCAAAAUCAACUGUAGAUGCAGCUGAUGUAGAAAAACAUUCACAAUUAGGGAAAGAUUGGUGGAAUCCCAAUGGCUCAUUGAUAGGUCUCCACAGAUUCAAUUUAGUAAGAGUACCAUUUAUAAGAGAUGGAUUAGUGUCAUGUUCAUUAGAAGAUAGAACAAUUCUACCUUUGUCUAAGAAAACAAUUUUGGAUGUUGGGUGUGGAGGAGGUAUACUAUCGGAGGCUUUAGCAAGAAUAGGUGCAAAGGUCACAGGAAUUGAUGCAAGCAAUGAACUAAUAGAAUUAGCUACAGAACACAGUCAAAUAGAUUCUAAAAUAAGCGAAAACAAACCUUUAUACCGCUGUGAAACUAUUGAGGAACACUCUAAACAAUUUACUGAUCACUAUGAUGCAGUGGUCGCCUCUGAAGUAAUAGAGCAUGUCGCAGAUAAAGAGCUGUUUAUUAAAGCCUGUGUACAAUCUGUGAAGCCAGGAGGCAAGAUAUUUAUAACAACACCAAACAAAUCUAGACUUACACAGAUUCUAGGUAUAUGGCUUGCGGAAUAUGUAAUAAAUGCUGUCCCUAAGGGCACUCAUGAAUAUGAAAAAUUUACUACACCUAAUGAGGUCACAUUUCUGUUGGAACGAAAUAAUUGUCAUGUACAACUUAUCCACGGUUUGAUGUAUAACCCUAUAAAUAAUAAGUGGUCAUGGGUUAAUUCACACACGCUAUUGUUUGCACUACAGGCAGUCAAACUGGAAAAUGAUCAA